AACAUCAAGGCAGAGCCACAAGCAGAGCUGCUCGAAGUUCAGAGUGCCAUCAUGGCAGUGAAGGGGAGGAACAAGGAAGACAUGGAAGAAUUCAAGAGGAGAAUCUCCAUCAGCAGAGGGGCGAUCAUCACAACCAGCUACUUUCGGGGUGAGGAACUCUGGCUGGUGCUGGAGUACAUGGACGGCGGCACCCUGAAUGACAUCCUCAGAACGACCUCCCUGUAUGAAGAUGAGACAGCAGCCAUCAGCCGGGAGUGCCUGCAACGAGUUUAUUUUCUUCACUCAAACAAUGUGAUCCAUCGAGAUGUGAAAAGUGACAACAUCCUUCUCAGAACCGACGGUUCUGUCAAGCUGGCUGGUUUUGGCCUCUCUACUCAGCUCAGCCCUGAGCAGAGCAGACGGUGCUCGGUAGUCGGGACUCCUUGGUGGCUGGCGCCUGAAGUGCUCACAGGUCAACCAUAUGGUCCCAAAGUGGACAUAUGGUCUUUUGGAAUUGUGGGGAUUGAAAUGACAGAUCAAGAACCUCCUUACUGGAGUGAAAGGUCUGGCACGGCUACACAACUGAUAGCCACAGUAGGGACCCCACGGCUGCGGCAGCCCAAGCGAUUCUCGCCUUGCCUGCGUGACUUCCUGAGCUGCUGCCUGCAGACAGACGAGGAGCAGCGCUGGUCUGCCAGGGAGCUCCUGCAGCAUCCAUUUGUAACAACAGCCAAGCCAGCAUCCAUCCUGGCACCACUCAUCAACUCAGUCCAGAAGAAGUAG